UUAAAAUCUGUAAUCUUUUAUACUCUCAUAGUCUUUCGUAUGUAACGUAUUUAAUGACUACCGACUAAGCAAUAAACAACAAAAUAUUCAAACAAUUGAUUAUUCCGAUUUAGAGGUGUGUACAUUGAUUUAUUAUAAUAUAGUUUGUUGCAAUGGAAAAAUAAGUGUAUGCUUUGAAGUAUACAUAAAAUACUUCAUACUGCGUCUAUGCUAAUAUUAACCUUUGCACAAUGAAUUACCGAGCACCGAAUACAGGAACCAUUUAGGCCCGGAAAAGACAUACAAACAUGGCUUUACGCACAUACGGUGAUAAACCUAUAAGUUUUCAAGUUGAAGAAAAUGGGGAAUAUUAUUGUAUUGGAUCAGAAGUCGGCAAUUAUUUGCGUCUGUUUCGAGGAUCAUUGUAUAAACGAUACCCAGGAAUGUUCAGGAGAUCCAUCACAAAUGAUGAACGAAAAAAGUUAGUUGAACUUGGUCUAAGUCAGCAUGUACUUGCAUCUAGUGUGUCUCUCUUGAGAGCCAGCGAAGUUGAAGACAUUAUUGAAGGCAAUGAUGAUAAAUACAAAGCAGUAUCAGUACAUUCAACAGAACCGCCAGCCCCUAGAGAAGGGAAAUCAAAGAAAUCAAUGCCAUGGGUGCCUAGUUUACCAAACAGUUCACACCUAGAUGCUGUGCCACAAGCCACACCAAUUAAUCGUAAUAGAGUACACAAUAAGAAAGUUAGAACAUUUCCCUUAUGCUUCGAUGAUACAGAUCCAUCAGCGAACUUAGAAAAUGCAGCACAACAAGAAAUGUUAGUUCCGAUUCGUUUAGAUAUGGAAAUUGAAGGUCAAAAAUUAAGAGAUACAUUUACAUGGAAUAAAAAUGAGAGUCUUAUAACACCAGAACAAUUUGCGGAGGUAUUAUGCGAUGAUUUAGAUUUAAAUCCUCUCACUUUUGUACCAGCUAUUGCACAGGCUAUAAGACAGCAAAUAGAAGCUUUCCCUCAGGAAACAAUUCUCGAAGAUCAAUGUGAUCAGCGAGUAAUAAUUAAGUUAAAUAUACACGUAGGCAAUACAUCUUUAGUUGAUCAAGUAGAAUGGGAUAUGUCCGAAAAAGAAAACAAUCCUGAAAAAUUUGCAAUGAAACUUUGCGCAGAAUUAGGACUUGGUGGAGAAUUUGUAACUGCCAUUGCAUAUAGUGUUCGAGGACAAUUGUCGUGGCACCAAAGGACAUACGCAUUUUCUGAAGCCCCUUUACCUACCGUUGAAGUACCUUUCAGACCUCCUUCAGAAGCUGAUCAAUGGGCUCCAUUUCUAGAAACAUUAACAGAUGCGGAAAUGGAGAAAAAAAUACGCGAUCAAGAUCGAAAUACGAGACGUAUGAGACGUUUAGCAAAUACAACACCUGGAUGGUAAAAAAUAUGUAAAGACUUUCAUUCUCUUUGCUAAUUUUAAGAUUUUUUUAUAAAACUGUAUAUAUGAUAUAAUUAUGUUAAUAAUUAGAAAACAAAUAAAGCUCAUUCUAAUAAA